AUGGGGGUCGUUUGUUUUAAUAAUGGCGGUGGUACUGUACUGAUUUUAGCAAUGAUUAUCAUCACAAAUGUUGCAGGUAAAGUCUGGUAGUUUUAUUAAUCAAUUCAUUGUUUCAAUUGCGCAUUAGAUUGUGCCAGGAUUAUAAAUUGUACCCGAGACAAACAGAUACAGAUGGACAGGUUUCGAGGCAAGAAUUAGCCUGAAUUUAGAGUCUGCUGUGCUUGGGUGGUACAAUAUAAUAGUGGCUAGAGCAGGCACCUUUCACCUAUUACACGCUUCGGGCUUUAUAGAUUCUGUGCGCAUCCUCUCCAAAUGGCACGUACAACUCUUUGAAAAGUGCUUAAAUUGAAAAACCAAUUUCAAGGGCUCGAAAAUCAUUCCUGAGGUUGCGUUACAGCGCACAACAUAUACACGUGCGAUUUCAUAUACAGGUGCGAUUUCAGCUCCGAAGAAAUAAAUGCCACGUGUAAGCUAAGCUUUUACUAAUUUAACGUUUUCCUCACAUUAACAGGUGAACAUCAUCUCCAAGACAAAAACAGGUACUGUUUCUAUUUACUUUUUCCAUUUGAUAUUUCUUCCAAAUUAAUAUUUAUUCUAACCAGACUCGCUGGGAAACACAUAGUCUAGUUUAAAAUCAAAUUUUUAACCUGAAUCGCUUUUCUGAUAGAAAACACAUUAUUUCCCGUAUAAAGACAAGAACGAUUACGUUAACGAGUUGUCUUGCUGUAGACAACGAACAAGUUUUUUUCGGUCAAUUUUUCCUUAACAAGUUUUACGAGCCCGCGCUAUUUGAGUAAGCAAACAAUUUCGUAAUAAUUUUUGUUUAAAGUUGCUUCCAACAAAGUUAUGAACAACUGAAGCCAACUUUAAAAGCGAAUUUCAAAAUAAUUUACCGUAAUAGAAUAUUUACUCUAAAAGAUGACGGUUAAACGCAUGUCAAAUAACAGAUUUCUUUUUAGGUUCAUUCCAUUCUACUUUAAUUUUACUCUACCUUUCUUUUGUGACAUCAGCUAUAACCAUCGUCUCGCAACAUUGAAUCUACUACCUUUGUGUUACUGGCACGAGUAGGCUACCUAGACAUAUUGUUCCUUUUCAAAUCACAUCAUGACAUCAUUAACCUAAGCAGCGACAUGCUACCAUACCCUCAUGAUGCAAGUCAACGUACCCGAUCUACAAACCCUAACUGCCUACAAUUUCAAACUUCAGCAUGUAAAACAUCCACCUAUCAAAAAUCCUAUCUAAUAAGGACUACUAGAGUCUGGAACACAUUGCCAAGGGUUUUAGUUUCUGUUAAUGGCAUGGCAACCUUAAAGGAGUUUAAAAAUAAGUUAUAUAUCUAUCAUAAAACAGCAUUAGAUAAAUGUUAUAACGUUGACGAUUCACGAACAUGGAAAUCGGUUUGCUUAAAAUGCAAUCAAGCUCGCGACCUUACAAGGCCGAUAACGUGUUGUUUUUAGAUUUUAAUAGUUUUCAGAAGUAUAGCUUUUCGCAUUGGUAUCUAUGGGGCCUAUCGGGGUUUUGCUGAAGGUUUGGGAUUGUGAGGGUUAAACGUUAAUAAAUUAAGUUAAAUUAAAUUAAUUUACGAUUACAGAAUACUUACUGUAAAAAAUAACGGUACAUUGAUAGGUGGAAAAAGGGGCCAGGGACCCCUGGUUAUUUCUCCACCUAACAGAGACUGGUUAUUUUAAUAAGAACGUCCUGGUGUACUUUUUGGAUGAUCCUAGAUCCAAAGCUGUUUUAAGCAACAUCGUUCUCUCUUUAGUUCAUGUAUACCAGCAAAAGAUGAACCUGUGUAUACCACACAUGGUGACUGUUAUCCUUUAAUCAAACUGGACAACCCAUUUUGUGAACAUUAUGGGUUCAAACUUGAUAAAUACGUCAAGGCGCCGGAGAAUGACCAACAGAUUAUGAAUAACCAAUUGUGGGAGGUACAGGAACAAUUCGAGCAAAUAAAAGCUAAAGGUCAAAAUAUUUCAACAUCACACGAAUGCACUGACCAAGUUCGUUUUCCUGGCUGCUACUAUGCAUUUCCAGGCUGCGAUCGCAGCACAAGUGUGCUUAAACCAAAGAAAAUUUGCAAGGAGUCGUGUCUCCAUUUUACAAAGGAAUGCAGUGCGUUUGUGAAGAUGUGGAACGAUAUUUUCGAACCCACACUGUUGGGAGGGGAUCCAAUUGCUGCAGCUGUAUUCAAUUGUACGGGAAAACCAUCAAGAAAUGCUGGGGACUCUCCUGAGUGUAUGUAUUAUGAUAGGAAAGAAAGUUUGGAAAAGGAAGGUAAGUUUGGUCGGUCAGUUGGUCGUUGGCGUAUCCGGCGCGCUAGGGGGCAGGCGUUCGGUCCGACGGUCAGACCAUAGGCAGCCCAAUGUUAUGGUUGCCUGCCUGCGCGCGGGCGAGGCAUUGUAUAGUUGUAUUAUUUCCUAAGGUAGGCAAAUUCAAUCAAACUAACGAUACAUAUACUUUCAAACAAUCCAAAAUACUUCAAAUAUCUUUACAUCUACGCUAAACUAAUCACGGAAAUAAAAUCUACGAUACUUUUACUAUAUACUAACAAUAUUUUAACGUACAAAACAAAUUUGUAAUGCGAGAAAAAAACGAAAAGUUUUUGCAUUUUUUUUCAAUUCUUGAAUGAGACGAUGCUGGAUUCGCGCUCGACGUUUUUGAUGGCGUUUCAAAUGACGAAUUUCUAAUCUCAUUGGCUGUCUUUUUCUACGUUUUAAAACCGUAAAAAUGACAACCAAUGAGAUUAGAAAUUCGUCAUUUGAAACGCCAUCAAAAACGUCGAGCGCGAAUCCAGCAUCGUCUCAUUCAAGAAUUGAAAAAAAAUGCAAAAACUUUUCUUAUUUUUCUCGCAUUACAAAUUUGUUUUGUACGUUAAAAUAUUGUUAGUAUAUAGUAAACGUAUCGUAGAUUUUAUUUCCGUGAUUAGUUUAGCGUAGAUGUAAAGAUAUUUGAAGUAUUUUCGAUUGUUUGAAAGUAUAUGUAUCGUUAGUUUGAUUGAAUUUGCCUACCUUAGGAAAUAAUACAACUAUACAAUGCCUCGCCCGCGCGCAGGCAGGCAACCAUAACAUUGGGCUGCCUAUGGUCAGACGGUUGGUUUGUCAGUCUUCAUUAAGGUGAUUCAUCAGUAAUUGUUCUGGAAGUGAGAAUUUGCUGAAACUUCCCAGGGGUGAAGUUUAUGAUAUACUCGUAGUAAAAACAGGAAAAAAGUUCGGACUCGUUUGGAAGACAUGAGAUGUGCAAUAUGCCACCUUUUUCCCAAUAUGGCGCCAUCUUCACCCUUUUACGAGCUACAGCUCUGGAGUUCCAGGAACAAUCCAAUGCAAUUUGAGGGCCACAGGUUUUUCAGUUAUAUUGCUGUCAUGUGUUUUUACCCUCAUUAAAUAAAGUUGUUCAUUCAUUCAUUCAUUCAUUCAUUCAUUCAAUCCCACUAGACGUUUCUGGUAAUUACGUCACAACUACACUGUUUCAACUUAGGACCACCUUAAAUGGAAUAGAUUUGAAGUUUGUUUCUCACUGGCUAUGGUCAAAGAAGCAGAACAUCCUUCGUCAACACAUGCAUAAAAAGAAUUUUGGAUUUUGAGUAUUAAAUGUGGAAAUAAGCUUAAACACGAAAACGAGGCUGAGGGCCAUGGCCCCUCAAUCUGUUUUUCAGUCUGAUUACUAUUUUUUCUUGUAGAUUGUCUGUACUUAAACGGCAGCAGUUACCAUGGCAACAUUUCAGUGACAGCCUCGGGUAUUCCGUGUCAAUCAUGGACAGAGCAAUGUCCACAUCGUCAUACCAUGAACAAUACAUAUCCAGAACUAAAUAACGCUAAGAAUUAUUGUCGAAAUCCUCAGAACUCUGGACAACGACCUUGGUGUUUUACUACAGAUAGGAACAAGAGAUGGGAGUACUGUGAUAUCCCUAAAUGUAUACCAGGUAGAGAGUAAUAUUGUACUGUGAUAUCCCUAAAUGUAUACCAUUUUUACACCGGCCUUCGGUGACGCGAUCGCCUGAGCAAGUGCCUUUCAUCUCUGAGAUCGUGGGUUCGAUUUUCACUUGUGUAAAUGAGUCAACGCUCUACUGAAAGUCGUGGAUUUUCUCCGGAUACUUCAUGCACAAGAAAUGUUUAUAGGGUGGGUUAGGAUAAGCCCCAAACAGACCUUGACCCUGUGCCCCGUGGUCAAACAUGACUCAUAAGGUGGCUGCCAGAGGUGCCCUUAGAAAGCCUUCGACUGGAUCAGGUUUAGCUGAGUCCUUCGUAAUUCAGCUUAACUCUCAGCUGCAUGUAAGGAUGAUUAUGUCACUUACUUAUUUUACAAAUAAAAACCCCCCAACAAAUUACAGCUCAGGCACUUUUAUCAGGUCGGACGGAGACUCAGAGAAGUAAUUAUUUUAUGUGGCCUUAAAGGCUACGUUCAUACAAGACCGGCCGAAAUCGGAAACCCAAACAAUUUUUUGUAAAAAGUCCAUUUAUUUUUCAGCCUACAGUCAAUCUGGCAACUUUACUUUGAAGUAUUUGUAAAACAUGAUAAGAGAAUUCUGAGUCAAUACUGAUCCUCCUCAUAUAGUGCAACAAUGGUUGAGAUUUGAUAAUAUCAAUGCUCCAGCAACUGACUUUAAAACAUUCUUAGGAAUAUAUUUACUAGUUGUACAACUUUAGAACAGUCUUUUAGAGCGUUGUCUUUAUAUUAACAAAAUGAAAAGCUCCCGCCCGACGUGUGUGACCCAACACAUCUUCUUCUUUGCUACAGUUGAUGGUAAUUACGGCAACUGGUCAUUCAACAGUUCUUGUUCUGUAACUUGUGGUGAAGGUUUUGAAACAUGGUCACGAGAAUGUAACAAUCCUAAAUCAAAGUAUGAUGGAAGGAACUGCAAUCAUCUAGGAGAACCUGUUGAGUACCGACCGUGUACUAAGAAGCCUUGCGUUGGUAAUUAUACUAUUUCUUUACCGUUAACCUUGGAGUAAAGACCAAGAAAUAUAAGCCCAAGGCUUUAUGUGUACAACUUAACUAAUGUAAUCGUUCUUAUUUCUAUUCAUGGUGGAUAGCUCUAUCAGUUUUAAGCUGUUCUAUGGGGAAAUUGAAUCUAGUGUAUCAUUUUUUUUAAUGUUUAAUUUCACAGUUAACGGUGGCUACAGUAGCUGGAAUUUAAGCAGUCAAUGUAACGUUACUUGUGGACAAGGUGAAGAAAUAUGGCGACGUUCAUGUAACAAUCCUACUCCGAAGAAUGGAGGUCGAAAUUGCACUGUGUUGGGAAAGGAUGUUGAAUAUCGAAUUUGUAAAAGACCUUGUCCAGGUAUGUUUCUUUAUGUGUUCUUUUCUUCUUCGUCUUGAUCUCUGUGGGGGUUGUCCGCUUUGGUAUGUUGAUUGCCGUCAUAUAUCCUUAAACACUAUCCCUCCAUCUCAUCAUUUCCUCCCUUCUGUUUGUCGUGAAAUAAAUGUACAUGUACAUGUUGUAUUUAAUAUAUUAAAUACAACAUGUACUAUGGUAACCUUUUUCUUCCUCGUUAAUUAACUUGCAUGUGUAAGUGAGAGUUUUAACCUUUGAAUCGUUUUAGUUGAUGGUAACUAUAGCAACUGGACUACAUUAUCAGCAUGCAGUGUGACUUGUGGUGUUGGGUACCAGAUGUGGUUCCGGACAUGUGAUAAUCCACCUCCCAAAUAUGGUGGAGAAGACUGUUCCAAAUAUGGUAAAGACAGAGACAGUAGGCCUUGCCACACGGAGCCUUGUCCAGGUUAG